UACAAUGCUACCACAGUAAUAGAGCUAUCAGAAACACACACUGCCACUGUUGUCGACAGAUAUGAGAUUUUUAUAAGGCAUGCAAUAUAUACCGUGUGUAUUGGUUGUGCUUGCAUUUUCGGCUUGGUCCUAACUGGAAUAUUGGUCUGCAAAUGGAGGAAGUAUAGAACAACACAUAUUCUUUGUAGGCAUGUCCAUUCUGACGCAAUUCAGAGUCCGACAGAAAACAGUAUGGAAAGCGUCUACGAGGAAAUUGAUGACAUUGCACUUCAAGAGCCUGCUCAACAUCCAAACAUUAGUAAUACUAAUGAGGAACUAUCUUCUAAUUUUUCGUCUAGCUCUGAUAAGAGCGACAUAUCAACCACCGAAGAACAAUAUCUAAACCCAUAUCAAAUUAUCAUCCCGAGUAUCGAAUAUCGUCCAUAUAGUGUUAUAGAACGAGAUGUAAAAGAAAUAAGAAAUAUUUCAUGUAAAACGGAAAGUGUAACAAAAGAGAAAUAUGAAAAGGAAUUGGAUGAACAAGAAGAACACACAGUUUUCACAAACGUGCUAUUAUAUCCUCUAAAUUAUUCUGAAGUAGAGUUUAAUACAACAGAUAUAUGUAACACUGAGAUAGCCUCAAAACAAGCUACAACCAAUCCAUGUUCGGAAGAAAAAACAGAAUACCUUGAAAUUGUUCAUAAUGUUUAA